AUGGCGUCCAUCGUGGUGAUCGGCCUGGUGCUGCUCCUCGACAUCCUCUCCUUCGUCCUCGCCAUCGGCGCCGAGCGCCGCUGGAGCACGGCGCAACUCGGCGAGGCCGAGCCUGGUGGCAGGCGGUACUGCGUGUACGACACGGAUGCGUCCACCUGGUACGGCGUCGGCGCGCUCGCCCUGCUGCUGGUCAGGCAGACUGUCGCCAUGGUGGCCAGCCGGUGCUUCUGCUGCGGCCGCGCGCUCUCCCCCGACCGCUGGCACUUCUUCUCCGGCCUCUUCUUCAUCGUCUGCUGGUAA